AUGGCCUCCGCAACGAACGGUGGUUUCCCAACCAACUUCAUCCUGACCCCGCAGCAGCAGAGCCUGCUCUUCGCCGCCCUCAACUCGAACAAGCAGCAGCUGGCGAACCAGUCCCCGGGCACCAAGGACACCUCCAUGUCGCCCUCCUCCUUCCAGACGUCACCCGCCCAGGCUCCCGCCAACGGCUUCCAGGAGAGCCCCUAUCUCGACAACUAUGACUACGACUUUGGCGACUCCAGUUUCGACUUUGACUCCCUCAAUGACCAGGGCAAGAUGAUUGGAGAUAUCCCGGGCACCGCCAAGUCCAUCAAGUCAGAUUCUACCGACAACGACUCCUCUGACAAGAGAGCCCACCCCGACGACGAGGACGACGAGUCCUCGCCAGGAAACGGCGCCAAGAGACGUGAGAGCACCGAGAAGGUGCCCAAGAAGCCCGGACGCAAGCCCCUUACCUCCGAGCCGAGCUCAAAACGUAAGGCCCAGAACCGUGCCGCCCAGCGCGCAUUCCGUGAGCGCAAGGAGAAGCAUCUGAAGGACCUCGAGACCAAGGUGGAGGAGUUGGAGAAGGCGUCAAAGGAUGCGAACAGCGAGAAUAGCAUCCUCAAGUCUCAGAUUGAAAAGAUGACGGCCGAGCUCAACGAGUACAAGACCAAGCUCGCAGCCAUGAGCACUCGCUCCGUCUCACACGGCAAGUCUCCAAUGGGCUUUGGUGCGUCCGCAAUCGGGAACCUCAGCGACGUCAACUUCCAAUUCGAGUUCCCCAAGUUUGGCGUCCUUCCUGGUGCUGCCAUGCCCAAGCCCGUCCAACGAACAGGAGCGUCGGCAUCGCCUCACACCAACGGCAGCAGCAACCCCGUCAGCCCCCUAAACACCAAAGACAACAACAGCCCGCAUAUCAUCCACGGACUGGACUUCAGCAGCACCAAGGACGACCUGGCCAACUUUACUUCGCUCUUCAGCAGCCCGUCCAUGAACGGCACCAACGGCACCGCCACGUCGCGCGCCAGCGUCGACUCCGGCUCCUAUGGCAUGCACAACGGCACAUCGACCAGCUCGCCAUCAGCGUCAUCCCAGUCGAAUGCCGGUCCCAGUUCGUCCUGCGGCACUUCCCCUGAGCCGUUCACACAGUCCCCCAUGGGCUUCAAGCCCGUUGAUACGAUGACCACCAUCGGCGAAGAGCACACCGGCCAGCAGUCUUUGUUUGCGGGCAUCGACACCAACAGCAUCGACUGGCUUGCUCAGCAAAACGGCGGACAGUUUGAUCCUCAGCUCUUUGGCGACUACCGCGAACCGCAAGAAAACAUUCUCGGAGGCGGCACCUUUGACGACAGCUUCUUCAACGACGCCCUUGACGCCGACUUUAUCACGCCGUACAACAUGGCGCCCAGCCCCGCCGUGCCCAAGAAGAACCUCAUUGACCAAAUCGAUGCCGCCAAGAAUGCCGACGAUGACGUGGUCAAGGACGCCGUCAAGGCCGAGAACUACAACUGCAAUAAGAUCUGGGAGAAGCUGCAAAACUGCCCAGACGUGGCGAGCGGCGAGUUCGACCUCGACGGACUCUGCUCCGAGCUCCAGAAGAAGGCCAAGUGCUCAGGUCAGGGCCCCGUCGUGUCCGAGACGGACUUCCAGGCUGUUGUCAACAAGUGGAUGGGCAAGGACGUGGCGGCCUGCUUCGCGGCCCAGAACAAGACAAAGGCCUGA